AUGACUUUAGGUCGCAUUCAUAAGGCAGUUGUGUCUAGGAUGAAUCCAGAUACUAGAAGCAUUUCAGUAGAGUUGUUAGAAAAUGGUGAAACAAAAGGCAAAGAGAUUGAUUUAGAUGGAAUUUUGGAACUGAAUCCUCAAUUAGAUUCAAAUAUUCCCAGUAUUACUAUGGUUGCUCAAAACGGUACUAAUAUACCAACAACUAGCAAGUUACCUAGGUAUUCCAAAAAAGCCUCAGUACAAGCAUUUACAAAUAAUAAAGGUUCUUAUAAAGGAGCAAAACCAGUAAGUAGGCAAACCAAUCAUUCACCUGCACUGAACGGCACUGGAGAAGUUUUAUCAACAACUGUUCCAUGUACACCUUCAAACCAUCCACCCCAGUAUCAAAAAAUGCCCGUGUUAAAACCAGCUGAUCCUCCACCUCAAACACAACAACUAACACACUUAUAUAGCAAUAAUACGGCAGGAGCUAUCCGUGGUUCAAAUACUACUGCAGUAGGAGCAAAUGCAGCUGCUGCUGCCGCUGCAGCAGCCAAAGAAAGGCGGAAUAAUGUUGUUAAGGAGGUUAGUACAUUGAAAAAAAACCGAGAAGAAAGGCGACAACGUCAAGCGGAAUUAAAAGAAGAAAAAAAAGCGUUAAUGAACAUGGACCCUGGUAAUCCAAAUUGGGAGUUUCUUGCUAUGAUUAGAUAUUAUCAAUCUAAUUUAGAUUUUAAACCUUUGAGAGACUUUGAAGUAGUUGAGGAUCAUCAAAUUACUGUUUGUGUCAGAAAAAGGCCGCUCAAUAAAAAAGAAUUCAAUCGAAAAGAAGUUGAUGUUGUUGCAAUUCCUUCUAAAAAUCAAGUUAUUGUUCAUGAACCUAAAAACAAAGUAGAUCUUACAAAAUAUUUAGAAAACCAGCAUUUCCGAUUUGAUUGUGCCUUUGACGAGACUUGCACCAAUGAGACGGUUUAUAAAUAUUCUGCAAGACCUCUUGUAAAGACUAUAUUUGAUGGUGGCAUGGCCACAUGCUUUGCUUACGGACAAACUGGCAGUGGUAAGACUCACACUAUGGGUGGGGAUUUUCAUGGGAAAACACAAGACUGUAAAAAAGGCAUUUAUGCAAUGGCUGCUAAGGAUGUUUUUCGUUUUUUGAAUUCGCCUAGUUAUUCGCCGUUAAAUCUGGUUGUUACUGCUAGCUUUUUUGAAAUUUACAGUGGCAAGGUGUUUGACUUGCUGGGUGAUAAAGCCAAGUUAAGAGUACUCGAAGACGGAAUGCAAAAAGUACAAGUAGUUGGUCUUACUGAAAAAGUAGUUAAUACAGUUGAUGAAGUAUUAAAAAUAAUUAAUGACGGUAAUAGUGCUAGGACUUCAGGUCAGACAUCAGCCAAUAGUAACUCAUCAAGGUCUCAUGCUGUUUUUCAAAUUGUAUUACGUAUCUCGGGUUUAAAUCAAAUACAUGGGAAAUUUUCAUUAAUAGAUUUAGCUGGAAACGAAAGAGGUGCAGAUACAUCUUCAGCCAACCGACAAACACGAAUGGAAGGUGCAGAAAUAAAUAAAUCUCUACUUGCACUAAAAGAGUGCAUUCGUGCUCUAGGUAAGAAAGGGUCUCAUUUACCUUUUAGAGCAAGUAAAUUAACACAAGUACUUAAAGAUUCCUUUGUUGGUGAAAAUACUAUGACCUGUAUGAUUGCAAUGAUUAGUCCAGGACUAAGCUCAUGUGAACACUCUCUGAACACGCUCCGUUAUGCCGACCGUGUUAAAGAAUUGGACGCAUCAGAUCCUGCUGCUGGAGAAGUUCAUGCGCCUAGGUAUUCUCCACCACCAAGUCGUUCUAAGAAUAUAUCUCGUAACUUACAAGAUGUCAGUAUGGUUGAUGACGAUUUAGCAGCACUAAGAUCGCUUAAUGAAGGAGAAUUGUCUGCUGACUUGUACAAUUUCCACGAAGCUGUUUCCCAACUGCAAGAACAAGAAGAUGAAAUGCUAGAUAAACACAAGUCGUUACUAGAAUCUGGACAUAAAUGGUUACAAAAAGAAAAACAGUUGUUGGCAAUGACUAAAAACGUUGACUACGAUCAAGAUGCAUAUUCGUUUCAGCUGCUCAAUUUGCUUCAAACCAAAUUAGCUGACACUCAAGAUCUAGUAGAAACUGUGCUCGCAUUCAGAAAACAGUUGACAACUGAAGAACAAUUCAGUAAGAAUAUAAUUAGAGGCGGCCACCGUUAG